AUGGAACCCGAAUUGGAAACUCUUCAAGAAAAAGAAGAAGAAGAAGAAGAAGAAGAAGAGCCGAGAUCUCCAGAGCCACUGAUGAUCGUAGACACUUCCGAGGCGCUUCCAGCAGAGCCAGAUUCUUUUGAUAAUGACAGCGCGUUUGAUCCGUCAAUUGAAGAAAACGGCGAAGAAGAUGACCUGACGAUGAACCUCCAGAAGAUAACUGCGAUCUUGGACCCCCAAGACCCUUUGGAGACUCCUGGCUCUUGUUUGGACGACAUUGCUAAUCUGGAGUACGAGGACGAGCUUGCGGACCCUGAUGAUCCUUCUACUUCGGAGUCUAGGAGACGCAGGAUCAAAAAACACGCUUGUCCGCAGUGCGAUAGGAAGUAUACUAAUAAAAGUACUCUGAACAGACAUCUUCGGGAAGAGUGCGGGAAGAAACCUCAGUAUACUUGUCGCUACUGUCACAAGUCCUUUAAACAGCGGUCCAAUUUUCAGAGACACAUUUGGACUAUUCAUGGAUGCUUGCUCACUACUAUUGCUUAA